AUGGCAGCGGCGGCGGAUGAACCGGGCCUCACGGCUUUCUUCCAUGAGAUGAGCGAACUGGGUGGUAUCAUUGUCAAAGAGACACCCAAGCUUGACCUGGACCUGUACAUCCAGAACUACAGAGGCCGCACUCGCUUGGAUCGCCUACUGACCAUUGGUCGUUGCUGCGUACCACUCUGCGUCGAGGCCUUGAAAGCUGCCGUGGCUGAGGCUAAAUCUGGCAGGGACGUUGAGCGGUAUCGCGAGAUUUGGGAAUGCAUCAGGGUUGCUGCGCCGGCCGAACCUGAGGCUGUCUUUGACCAAGCCUGGGCCGACAAGACGACCAUGGAGAACCGCCAGCAAACUCACCAUCUCGAGACGCAACUCAAGGGAUACAAGAACAACCUCAUCAAGGAGAGCAUUCGAAUUGGUAACGAGGAGCUGGGUCGGCACUAUGAGAACAUAGGUGACCUCAACGCGGCCAGCGAUGCAUACACCCGCAUGCGUCCUGAUGUCAGCACAUCGAAGCAUAUCAUCGAUCUGGGCAAGCAUCUCGUCGACCUUGCCGUCAUGCGCCGUGACUGGUCCAUGGUUCUCGGCAACCUCACCAAGAUCACCGGCAUGCAGAGCGAAGAGGAGAAGAGUCUCCAGACAUAUGCCAAGAUUGUUCAGGGCAUUGCACUGAUGAACAUGGAAAAGUUCAGUGAUGCUGCUCGUUCCUUCCUCCAAAUCGGCGUUGGGAAAGAAGUCAAGGACGGCCUCGAGUCCAACAACAUUGCUAGCCCCAACGAUGUUGCUGUCUAUGGUGGUCUUCUUGCUCUUGCCACUAUGGACCGCAAGGACUUACAGAAGAAAGUUUUGGACAACCAGAACUUCAGAACGUGCCUGGAGCUCGAGCCUCACAUUCGCAAGGCCAUCUCGCUGUUCGUUAACGGUCGCUACUCGGCAUGCCUGGCUAUUCUGAACUCGUAUCUGGCCGACUUCCUGCUGGACAUCUUCCUGCAGAAGCACGUGAAGGUACUCUUCGCCCUCAUCCGCAGCAAGUGCAUUGUCCAGUAUGUGGCGCCGUUCUCCUGUGUAGCCCUCGGCAGCCUCAAUGAGGCAUUCGCAGCGCCGGGAACAGAUAUACAGGUUGAGCUCGCCACGAUGAUCAAGAGCGGUCUGCUACAGGCGCGUAUCAACACCAUCGAUCAGCUCCUUGUCGCCGUGAACCCCAACCAACGAGCGGCAAUGCAGACGCAGGCCCUGGAGACGACCAAGGCCUACGAGAGCGAGGCGCUCGAACGAAUCAGGCGCAUGGGCCUCCUGAGUGCGAACCUCGAGGUCAGGAACGUCAAGAAAUUGCAAGCGACGGGCUCCCAGGCGACGGCGGCGGAUGGAGUCAGUGACGUUUGGUUUGACAACAGCGGCGAGCCGAUGGCUAUCGGGGCAUCAUGA